AUGGAGUUGAUUAUAAGAGACAGUUUCUCUUCCUCGUCUCUUUCUAAAAGUCGGAGUCCCUCCCUGGGAGCCGUGUCGGCUUCAGCCACACCCACCGGUCAACGAAAUAACAGACGAAAGAUAACAGUCAUUGACGGCAAUUUUCAGAGUCAGAAUGACUUAGAUCGGAGCCAAACCCCACCUCCUUUUCUAAACCCGAAUAUUCCCUCACCACGUCAUUCUGGGACCCCUUCAACCGAUUCCCUUCGACCACGGGCCAUGACGUCCCCACCCGUAGACCUGCGUAACGGGCGUGACAGUCGCUCCAUGUCACACCUGGACGUGAUUCGAGCUCCCUCACCUUCACUGAGUUGGAGGAGUAGUACCAGCUCUAUAGCAGAUACUGCUGUUUCAUCUCUCAUCCAACCUCCUUCGUCCGAACACAAGAUACUACAAGACAUCAAGAAGCAAAUGACACAAUCGUUCCUACACUCGAAAAGCUUAGAAAGAGAAGUUAGUAAAAUACCAAAGCUUCGGUCAGACUUACAAGCAAUGUACCGAGAGAGAGAAAAAUUGAUGAAUGAGUUACUGGAACAGAGAGCCAUUGUACUACAGUUAAAGCAGCGAGUGUCUCUAUUACAUGAGCAAAACCAGGAGCUGGCGAAAUUAGCAAAGUCUGACUCGAGUAGCAACAAGCAAGUACUUGCCAUUCGUAAUACUCUAGUAACGACAAUGGCUCAAUUGAAACAGAUGGAGGAUCAGGUUCAAGGGAUACCGCUACUGAGAUCACAGAUACGAGAGUUGGAAGAGCAAGUAAAAGAGGCAGAGAUUAGGGGCGGAGACCGACCAAGAGUUCCGUCAGAUCUACCCGAAGGCGUGAGUAGCGAGACUUAUGUGAGUCUACUAGAAGAGAACCAGAAACUCAAAUCAGCUAACGCACGCAUAAUGGAAGAGAUGAAGUCCGUUUCUAAGCAUUUAUCUGCUGUCACCGAGAACUGUGACAGCAUCCAGUCGAGGAUGGAGCAAUUCCAUUCAUCACAGAACACCUCCGGUCCACUACAGGAGCGUAUCAAGAAACUCGAAGAUGAAAAGUCCUCACUUUAUCAAGAACUGGUCGACGCUAAAUACCGUAAUGAUAACGAGACUGAUGUUGAUUUGGCUCACCUCAAGAAAGAGGUUCGGUCGGUUAAAAAGGCUAACUCAAGACUGAGGGCAAAGAUAGAGAGCAUGAAGAUGGAGUCGAGGACUCAGAAGGAGCAAUUGGUACUGAAGCUGUUUGAGAUUGAGUCUCUAAAUGUGAAGACAUCAAAGUAUGAGAUGGAGAAACAGCUACUGGAAAUGGAACAAGUACAAGUCCAGUCUGAGGGGUCUUUCCCUUCCUCUCCUUCAGCAGCUGCUGCCGCUGGCUCAACCUCAGACGACCCACUAAGAGAACUCUCUCCAGACGGACGAGCACUGAUCCUCAGAUUCCAACAGCUAGAGGUACACUCACACGAGAUGCAGAGCGUCAUAAAGACAUUCGUAUCGGAAAGACAAGAAAUGGAGUCGAAAAUAGCCGAGCUAACGGCUCGUCUAAAUGAGACUGCAAUUGAUGAUUUACAAAGACAGAUAGAGGAGUCUGACAGCAAACUAGUCAUAGCACGAGAGAGGAUACGACAGUUGGAGGAGACUAUUACUCGUAGGUCUCUGAGUCCAGAGAUACAGGGGGUGGAGGACGAGCGAGAUUCUUUGAAACGUCAAGUGAAAGAAAUGAAAGUUGAGCUAAGACGACUAUCAGUAAUAGAGCAACAGGUGGUGGCUAAGGAGAGUGCUGGAGAUGAGCUUGUAGAGACGAGAGAGAAGUUUGAAAAGACAAAGAUCGAGCGAGAUCGUUUGAGUCGAAAAGUUAAAGAGGGUCGGUCAAGAUUAAAGUCUCUCGCCGGAGAUCUUAAAAAGUCAGCAGAGCUUGUGGAAAUAUAUCAAGGACAGUGUACUAAGAUGGAGAAAGAAAUGAGUGAGA